AUGGUGGCCAAGGCCAAAGCCAAGGCAAAGGCCACGGUAAAGGUGAAGGCGAAGGCAAAGAGUUCAAGACUCUCUGCAAAAAGGGGUUCCAAAGUGUCCAGAGAAGAAGAAGACAACUUGAAGACCUUUGCAGAGUUUUCGCCUGGUGAUGCUGUUUGCCUGGUGGGAUUGCAAUCCUUUGCAAAGUUGAAUGGUCAACAUGGGACUCUACUUUCCUAUGAUGAUGAACGAAAACGAUGGCAAGUGGAGCUGAAGGAUGGAGUGAGAAACGUCUUGGUUUCAAACUUAAGUCGAAAACCUCAAGCCACUCCCCAGCGGCAAGCAAAGCAAGCUGCAAAGCGUCCGAUGCACUCAACAAAGGAUGAGACCAAGCCAAAACGCACUUGUUCGUCCAAGGAUGUUAUCCCAGCUUCAAGCUCCAGGUUAGAAGCUGAUCAGCCCGCAGUGCAGCCAGCACUCCAGCAGCCCGAAAGGUCCUCACCUGCUGUUUCCAAGGUGGACCCAACAGGAGUUUCCAAGGUGCCUCAAGCUGAAGGAAAACACCGGCCGAAAGCAAAGGAAAGCAUGGAAGGAAGCAGUUCCAAGCUGAACGAAGUGAAGAAAGCAGAAGGCAAACUUCAAGAAGAAGAGGAGGAGGAUGAGGACUUGGUUUUCGAUGCGGAAGAGCUUGAAGGGGAGGAGGAGGUUUCAGACUUCUCCGAAGAAGAAGACAUUGACGAUGAGAAGGACGAUGAGGAGUUUGAUUGGGAGCCUGUCGGAGCUUUGCAGAUGCCAAAGGUUUGGAAGACACCGGGACCGAGACCGGGAGAAGAGGCCUUUGCGAGCUACGCUUCGAACUGCCUUGCCAAAGCCGCUUUAGGCAGCUCUAAAAGUCCCUUUGUGGGUCUGAAGAUGCGGCUCCAUCAGGAAUCCGCAGCCUUCUUGCUGCAUCCUGACAGCCCAACCAAGCGCCUGCUGGUCGAUCACGCAACUGGGACUGGCAAGACCCUCAUCAUGCUCCGGAUGUUGGACAACUAUUUCGAUGACCCCCGGCCAAAGGUUGCCAUUUUCCCCAAAGACGCCGUGUGCGACAACUUUUACCAGGAGCUUCUCAAAUGGCCUACACGAUGGCGGCAUUAUUUUUGUUUUUUGAAGCCGAGUGAGGCCUCCCUUGCCAGUGGGGCAAAGGAUUGGCGCAGGAAAAAACAUGAUGUAUGGGACAUCAACAACGAGCGGUCACGCUCAGAGGCAAAGUCACGAGGAGUUCGACUGGAGAAGAUCGUCAGUGAACUCACUGAAAGUAUUCGUCAGGCCUUGGAGAUGAAAAAUGCAAUUCAUGGUGGCAAGGUGAAAGCAAAGUUUGCCAGAGUCUUCUUGAAGGACUACCCUGAUGCGCCCAUGCCACGCGCACCUUUGCGUGCAUUUCGAUACACCACAGCCGGUGGUGGAGCAUCUGUGCUGGGCAGAGACGGUUGGCCCAAAAGUCCGAUCUUGAAAGUUGGCUUUGACCCAGCUGAGCUCAACCCCUACUCUGGUAAGGUCGUGAUCAUGGAUGAAUGCCACAACCUCGUAAGGCCUCAUCAAGCUUAUGAGGAGCAGAUCGGACAUCUUCGCAACCUUCUCUACGAGUCAACACGGACAGUGCUGGCUGGCUUCACUGGCACUCCAGUCGGAAAUGACGGAGCAGAAGGUCGGCAGCUUCUAGAGAUCAUCAAGGGCAAAGGCUCUGCCGCAGGAGAUGAAGGCUUUCUCUCAUGCUUCCAUGCACGAGCAAGCGCAGACUUCCCCCGAGAGGCACCAGUGCCUGGAAUUCCAGAUGGUGUUCUUCAUGACUCGACUUUGCCGGAGCUGGUCAAGAUGCACUCUUUGCAUGGGGAGGCCCUGAAGCGCUAUUUGAUGAAAGAGGUUGAGUUCAUGGUCACUCCGCGCUUGAUGCGCCUCCCAGAGGAGACGCGCUUGGCUAGACUUUCCAACUACUGCAAUCUUCACGUGUUUUACGGCUCUUACUCGGGCGCAAAGCGAACAGCACUGUUGGAGAAUGCCAAGGAUUAUGCUCCAAAGUUUUACGGUGUGGCAAAAGCAAUAGCCAAGAAUAAGGAGAAGGCAGUGGUCAUGCUAUCUCGCCAAACUGGCUACAAGGCAUUGCUGGAGAUACUACAGAAGACUGGGAAGAAGCGUGGCUUCAAAGUGGCAACACUCAAGGAACUGAGUGACUUCAAUGAUGCCAGAAGAAAUCUUCGUGGCGAGCGAUUUCGUGUCAUGCUAGCCGAGACCUCUCAGGCUGGAGAAGGAAUCCAGUUCAAGCACGUGCGGCGCCUUCACCUUGUGGAAGUUCCUGUGAGGCACUCCGAAUUGGUGCAGCGCGCAUCACGGUGUGUUCGCAUGGGUGGCCAUGAGGGGCUGCCGCCAGCUGAGCGUGAGCUGGCAGUUGAAGUUCAUUUGACUCAGCUGCCGGGCUUUUUGAGGAAGGGUCCAAGCUCUUUUAUUUACAGAGAGCUCCUCAACGCGAGGGAGGUCAUGUCAAUCCCUGGCUCACGACUUGAGGAAGCCACAGCUGCAUGCAUGAAGGAGCUCAAGAAACGGGAGGUCAAGAACUUGCUCGACUUUCGAAAGGUUCUUCAGGCUGAUGGAGGUGAGAAUCUCAUUGAACUUCUUACUGAGACUGUCUUGGAGAUUCUGGGCAACACCAAUUCAGCUCCUGCACGGCCGUUGGCAGUGUCAAUGUGGCAACUUCGAAAGCGGAAUGAUGAUCUAGUGGCGUUGGAGAAGAAUCUCUUGAAGCAGGCUACUGUGAAAACCGCAGACCAUCUUUUGUUGGAACGCCUCGUUGACAAGGCAGCGACGGCCAGUCCUGUGUGCAGAUGCGAAAAGACUUGA